GAUAGCUUCCUCACAUGUAUUUGUCUAAAUUUAAUUUUUGGUCAAAAAAUUACAUCAUCCAUAUAUCCAUAUCCAUAUUUGGGAUAAAAAGAAAAGAAAAAGUACCAAGCCCGAUCCAAUUCAUUUUGUGAAGGCCCAUCACUUGUUAAAACCCUAAUAAUCAAAACCGAUAAGCAGCCGCUGAUUUCUCUUUGCCCUUUUGUAUCCGAAACCAUUUCGGAAAGACGAACACGCACUGAACUUCACUCACCGGAAAACAACAAAAGCUGGCCGAUAACGUCAUCGGAGUUGUUAGCCGACCACCAGAGACACUCACUAAGGAGAUUGGUUUUCCUGAAUUUGCAAUAUGACGUCAUUUCUGAAGCCUGAGAAUGCCCUUAAAAGGGCUGAAGAGUUAAUCAAUGUUGGGCAGAAGCAGGAUGCUCUUCAGACCCUGCACGAUCUUAUUACUUCGAAAAGAUACAGAGCAUGGCAGAAAACACUUGAACGGAUCAUGUUUAAGUAUGUAGAGCUGUGUGUAGACAUGAGGAAAGGACGGUUUGCUAAAGACGGGCUAAUUCAAUAUCGAAUCAUUUGUCAGCAAGUUAAUGUUAGUUCACUGGAGGAGGUGAUUAAGCAUUUCAUGCACCUGUCAACAGAGAAAGCUGAACAAGCUCGUAACCAGGCUCAGGAAUUAGAAGAAGCCCUUGAUGUUGAUGACUUAGAGGCAGAUAAAAGGCCAGAGGACUUGAUGCUGAGCUAUGUCAGUGGUGAGAAAGGAAAGGAUAGAUCUGAUCGGGAGCUUGUUACCCCAUGGUUUAAAUUUCUAUGGGAAACUUACAGAACAGUGCUUGAAAUAUUGCGGAACAACUCCAAAUUGGAAGCCCUUUAUGCUAUGACAGCCCAUCGAGCUUUCCAGUUUUGUAAGCAGUAUAAACGAACUACAGAGUUUCGAAGACUUUGCGAAAUCAUUAGAAACCAUUUGGCUAAUCUUAACAAAUAUCGGGACCAACGAGACCGACCUGAUCUUUCUGCUCCUGAAAGCUUGCAACUGUACCUUGAUACAAGAUUUGAGCAGCUGAAAAUUGCCACUGAGCUUGAACUGUGGCAGGAAGCCUUUAGAUCUGUUGAAGAUAUACAUGGGUUGAUGUGCAUGGUCAAGAAAACUCCGAAACCAUCCUUGAUGACGGUUUACUAUGUUAAGUUGACUGAAAUAUUUUGGAUAUCUUCAAGUCAUUUAUAUCAUGCAUAUGCAUGGUUCAAGCUCUUUUUGUUACAAAAAAGUUUCAACAAAAAUCUGAGUCAGAAGGAUCUCCAGUUAAUAGCUUCAUCUGUUGUUUUAGCUGCACUUUCAGUGCCUCCUCAUGAUCGCACUUACAGUGCAUCUCAUUUAGAGCUAGAGCAUGAAAAGGAGCGGAAUUUGAGGAUGGCUAAUCUUAUAGGCUUUAAUCUUGAAACUAAGCCUGAGAGCAGAGAAAUGCUCUCAAGGUCAUCACUUCUCGCUGAACUGGCAUCAAAGGGUGUGAUGUCUUGUGUUUCACAAGAAGUGAAAGACAUUUACUAUCUUUUGGAACAUGAAUUUCUACCCUCGGAUCUUGCACUAAAAGUACUACCCUUGCUAAAUAAAAUUUCAAAAUUAGGGGGUAAGUUUACCUUUGCUUCAUCAGUUCCAGAGGUGCAAUUUUCGCAGUAUGUCCCAGCACUUGAAAAGUUAGCUACCUUGAGGUUACUACAACAGGUGUCUAAUGUGUACCAAACAAUGAAGAUUGAUAACCUUGCUGGGUUGAUCCCUUUCUUUGAUUUUUCCGUUGUGGAAAAGAUUUCUGUCGAUGCUGUUAAGCAGAAAUUUCUAUCAAUGAAAGUCGACCACAUGAAAAAUGUUGUUAUUUUCUGUAAGACGAGUCUUGAGGCUGAUGGCUUGAAGGAUCACUUGGCUAGUUUUGCUGAACAAUUGAAUAAGGCAAGGCAAUUGAUUUGUCCUCCUGAUAGGAAACAAUCAAAACUUGGAGCCUUGCUCCCGACCUUGUCUGAGGUUGUGGCCAAAGAACACAAGAGGCUCCUUGCUCGGAAAUCAAUUAUUGAAAAGAGGAAAGAGGAACAAGAACGACAGCUUCUUGAAAUGGAACGCGAGGAGGAGUCGAAGAAGUUAAGACUGCAGAAAGUUAAUGACGAAGCCGAGAAAAUACGACUUGAAAAAGAGUCUGAGUUGAGGCGAAAGCAAAGGAUCCAAAGGGAAAUGGAGGAAAAAGAAAAGGAAGAAGCACGGCUUUUACUUGAGGAACAUGAAAAGCGUUUUAAGUUAAAGGGUAAAAAGGCCCCCCCCAUAGAUAAGGCCAACCUUUCUAGGCAGACCUUGUUACAGAUAAGUUUGAUUGAACAACAAAAACAGAGACAAGAUAUUGAGAAGAAACUGCAGAAAUUAGCUAAAACCAUGGAUCAUUUGGAAAGAGCAAAGAGAGAAGAGGCUGCUCCACUUAUUGAAGCUGCAUAUCAACAGCGCCUAGUGGAAGAGAGGAUUCUUCAUGAGCGUGAACAGCAAAUGGAGGUUGAACUGAGCAAACAACGUCAUGCUGGAGAUCUCCAUGAGAAGGAGAGGCUUAGUCGAAUGAUGGGCAAUAAAGAGAUAUAUCAAGAGAAAGUUGUCAGUCAUCGCCAAGCAGAAACUGAUAGACUUAAGAAAGAAAGGGAGGAUCGCAUCUCUAGGAUUUUACAAUCCAGAAAACAGGAGAGGGAAAAGAUGAGGAAGUUGAAGUAUUUUCUUCAGGUUGAAGAAGAGAGACGACAAAAAUUGCGUGAGGCAGAAGAAGCUCAGAAGCGUCAAGAGGCAGAGAGAAAAAAGAAGGAACAGCUUGAACACCAAGCAAAAUUGGAUGCGAUAGCUGAAAAGCAGAAGCAAAGGGAAAGAGAAAUUGAAGAAAAGGCUGAGAGGGAAAAGAGGGAAGCAUUGUUGGGCAGACCUACUGAACCUGCUCUGAGACCUUAUGAGCCUCCUGCCCGUCCAUUGGAGUCUGGUGCUGCUCCUGCUGCAGCUGCUGCAUCCUCAGCUCCAGGGAAAUAUGUUCCCAAGUUCCGGCGAGGAGGUGCUGAUACCACAAGAGCUCCUCCUCCAGAAGCAGAUCGUUGGGGCAACAGUAGCAGCAAGCCAGAUGGUGACAGGUGGGACCGCAACUCUUCAUUUGGUUCUGGCGGGGGUAGGUCAUCUACAACUUGGUCAUCUUCCAGGGUUUCGCGUGAUCGUCAUUGAUAUUCUGCUGGUAUUGUGCUGGUUUUUCUGAUUUUUGCCUGAGUUCUAUGUACUCUCCACAGUCUGAGCUCUCGAAUUGUUUUUGAUACUCGUUCUCAUUUAUUAUCUUCCAAUGUUUAUGAACUCCUUGGUUUUGGUGAAGAACAUGCCUACAAAAUGUUCUAUUGAUGAUCUAGUGGGAUUAGAUAUGGUAAUCAAAAUUUCAUGUCAGGCUAGUAUUGCCAACAUAUUUUUCUACUUAUUGCAGACCUGUUUUCAAUUUGUUUUUAUUGAAAAUAAAAAGGAUUUGCAGCCUA